UUUAAAUAAGAACUCUCAGGCACAUUUUACUAGAAGGCUAAGUUUACUAUACUUCACUUCUUCGUCUCUUAAACCAAGUAUUGAUAGACUAGCGUGCAAGUAAUCGUUUGAUUAAGCUCCCAUUUCAGUGUUCUACUUACUUCGCAGUUCAGUGGAAGGAAAUGGCUGCCAUGGCCAAGGAUGAGCUUCAGUGGGCAGCCGAUGAAGAUAUUCAGGAUUUUCGUUUCAUGGAACUUCGCAAGAUUCACUUUGGUGAUUCCGGAGUAGAGGGUUGCAAUGACCAACGUUUUUCUCUCUUGUGCACUUCAAACCAUUUCGGAUUUACCUUUGUCGGCUGCAAAACUGGCUUGUACGUUUUCCGAACUGCUCUUCUGUACGAGGUAGACAAGGAUGCAAGCAUUGGAAAAAGAAAUGUGAUGGCUGGCAAAGCCAGCAUAGGGCCCACUCACAUCUCCACUCCUGCCCCUCCCAUCCAUGUGGCUCUCUCCAAUGACAGUCUCACUCUGUCAGUGUGUGUGAAGGAAAGUGGAAUGGUGAAGAUCUACUUCUAUGAUACCAGGGCACUGACCAAUAAAGGGAAGCAAAUGGAGCCUUUUUGCAGCAUCGAUAUUUCUACAGAAAAAGAUGUAAGGUUGUUGGACCUACAGUGGAACCCUGGCUCUGGUUUCCCAAACCUACUUCUGGUGGUUGUCUCCACUGGAGUGGUGAGUCUCCUCGAGAUCACUGACAAGGUUACCAUACUGGUGCAGAGGGCUGGACUGCAAGCCAACUGUGUUUGCUGGAGUCCCAAGGGAAAACAACUCGCACUCGGCAUGAAGAACGGAGAUGUGGUCCAGUGUACUGCUAAGGCCUUUGAGGAGAAGCGUCGCCAUCCUCAGCCCCCUAACGUGGUUUCGGGGAAGCUAAUGCAAGUGGCUGACCUCUGUUGGCUAACAGCGUUCGAGUUUGCAGUGACCUACAUACCUCAGGACCAGAGUAUUGACAACGUAUUCAUGGCUUUCCUGUCCACACCAAAAGACCAGCCUCCUAGUUACACAUGCACUGAAGACCCGUAUGGUUACUACGGUGUCGAUUCCAGCAAGAAGAAUGUGGACAAGUUUCACUUUGCCCAUAUGCAGCAAUGGGGUGUCCUAAUUACCUGCUCUAACAACUCAAUGGACACACCUUGUUUUGGCCAAGAGGGGGGUGCUCACGGAGUGAUAGGAGAUGCCUCAAGGGGCAAUCCAGAUGACUACCACGGGCCCUGGUGGCAGUGGGGCCUAGAUGAAGGUGGGAGAGUCGAGCCUCCUCUCGAUGACAACAGUAAUGAAACGCACUCAGUGGGCGUGGCUAUUGACUACACAUCUCAGGAAGUGGUCCCUAUCAGUGACACCCUACUUCUACCGUGUUCCCCACUGUUUCUCUCCCUCACUGAUAGAGGAGUACUGUGCCCCUACACUAUUGUUAACACGGGUUGUUCCCAUGACAAGAUUGCCAAACUGAUGUCUCCACCAAAGCCACUGCCAAGCUCUCCUGUUAGACACCAAAUAUCUACUUCAGCCCCACCACCAUCCAACGUGGUUACAUCCACCACUCAGACCAAGGCAGCUCUCCCAUUAUUGCUCAAAGGUUUUACUCAAGGGUCUGCUCCACCCAUGGCCACUCUAGGUCAACCAAACACUAGCCCAAAGAGCAAUUCUCCAAACUUGACAGGACCUACUACUGGAUCAGGUCCCAGUACUCUAAAUAGUGCUGGUGCUGCUCAGAAGCCAUUCUUCGGUAUUGCGAACAUUGGACAGCCUAAACCAUCUUUUGCUCUGGGAGGUGGGAAAGUAUUUGGACAGCCCAACCUCUUGCCUGGACAAACAGCUGGGCCUGUUACCAGUGGCACUUCUUCCCUCCUUAAUUCUGGUGGUCUCUUUUUGAACACAACCAGUGCACCUAAUUCCAAACCUGGUGACUUUUCUUUUAGCAACCCUGCAGCAAACACUGGGGGUCUUUCUCUUGGCAGGCAACAGCAAAAUGCAGUUACUACAACAACUACCUAUCCCAGCUCAGGCAUUACUCCGAGCAACCCUGGUGGUGGUGUUCUCUUCCCUUUCUCUGCUAAGCCUGGUCAGCUCCAAUCCUUCUCUGAUGCAGCAAAAAUAACUUCUAGACCCUCAGCACCUCCUAUAAGUGGGCCACCCUUAUUUACCUCUUUGGGCAUUGGAUCUGGAUUUUCUGGCCUCAGGACUUCAGCACCUGCUCUUAGUAAUGCUCCCAACAAAACACCCACUACUGUUGUCAAUAUCAAUACAUCCACGCCUGUUCUUGGAUCCACUGUGCCCCGUCUCGGAUGCACUGUGCCGCCUUCAUUUGGAGUAGCUCCUCCUAUCACUACAACUCCAUCAGGGCUAGGACAGAAGCCGCCAAUUGUAGGACUGUAUCAACCACAAAGUACAUACAUGUACUCACCUUUGAGUACACCCAAGCCAGAUGGGGCUCCAGGCACUGGUGGUCUGCCAAUGACGACAAUCGGGCCUAUGAUGUCUACCCUACCUAAGUCUGGACCUGCUUUGGGAACUCUACAGGCCAAGCUUCCACCUGCAACACCUGUCACAACUUGUACUCCUGUAUCAAGCGCUCUCACAAGUAGAAGCCAACCCCCCAUGAUCACACCCAGUCGACCACCCCCAAAGACGUUUGAGAAAACUACUAAGUCAAAUGGUGACGGCACAGAGUCUGUGGAUGGCAGUGCUGACCAGGAGGCUGUUGAGAACCGAUUCGCAGCUGACAUCAGUACCGAGAUUGACAAAUUCGCCACUGAAAUAGAUGGUCUAUAUGAUGACAUAUUGGGACUGGGAGAUGUAGAAAGUGGAACAUUGUAUACACUUGGAAAAGUUCAGGAUCUCACUGCAUUCUCUGCCGACACUAAAGCACUAGCAAACAAUAUGCAGGUUGUCACCAAGGCGUUCAAGGCCAGUAAUUGUAGCAGUGACCAUAUCAAAGAGGAGACUUUUAAGGGCUUUGAGAUGUAUGAGGAGGCAAGAAUAAGUACAGAAAGAAAUAAUGACCCAAAGUAUGCGUCCCUCUUGAAGGUCAGGCCCCUGGAUAGCUACAGUGCCAAACGACUCAAUAACCUGAGAGCGUCUUUCCUACAAGUGUCUCGCGCCAUCGAUGAGAUCAACUCACUGCUGGAUGCUCAGCUGGAAAGGAAGUACGAAGAGAGAAGACAGAGGGGAAAGAAUCUGCUCAAAGCCCCUUCUAUCCAAACUGUCUACUCCACACUGAGAGACCAAACCAGAAUUAUUCGUCUCCAGAAUGAUUCAAUGGCUAACAUAACUGACGAUAUGAAGAAACUCAAGCUGAUCCCCAAGUCCUGGCAAUCAGCCCCUAAGAUUGUCCACUCAUCUCCAUGCCGACCAGUCUCCUCCCCUGGCCCCCCAGCUACCCCUCGAGCGGAAAGAGACAGGACACCAAUCAGAUCAACUCGAGUAGUACAGAGCAGAGAAAAACUGAGGGAGUGUCUGGAAACCAUAAAAAAAACUCCAGUAAAGAAAGUUAAAAAGUCUGAGCUCUCGUUCAGAGUUGGAAAGACUGUGAGCAGCGCCUCUCCGGUAUAUGCUCAGUCAGAGGGUACAUGUACCUCGUUAAGUGAAAGCCCUGAUACAUCUACUAUCAAUGUUCAGUGUGAGCCGGUUAUCAAACACUUGACCACACCAAUGACCAUGCGCUCGCAAAUUGCAAGCUUUGUUACGUCUCAUCAGCCCACCAACCGUUCUUUGAAUACCAAUUCCGAAACCUCUCUAGGAUCAUUCAAGCCUGAUGUAAUGGUAUCUCCCAACCGUAAUAUAUCUAUUCGUACUCCGAAAGGUUACGAGUCCACUAGUCGCGAGUCCACUACUCCUCAAUUCUCACGUCAAUCCUCUGGUCCUGGUGUGAUCUCGUCUCCAGACGGUAUAAUAACAAUCAAAGACCAGGGGAAGUAUACAAAAAUGGAAGCAUCUCCACCCCUGGUUAAAACUAAUGCUCCAAGCUCUGGGACCGGAACUGUCUGCUGGGGUAGCCCCCCUAUUUCACAGCCAAAAACUGACAUUACUGCAUCUCAUGCUCUAUCUCCACCGUUUCCCAUACCAACCCCAACUCCACCCGCAUCUAUAAGAGCCGACAUUGAUCUCAAUAGUUUGCGGAGGACUUCACCAUACAGGGAUUUGUCACAAAUUAGGCCACCCUCCAGUGAAGAUACUGAACAGUUUUCUUUGGUCACAAAUACAUCCUUGUCGGUACCCAACAUAGCUCCAAACAAGUCAGUGGGAGAAAGCCUGUCUUUGUUUGAUCGAAAAAGCGCUCUUUAUGCGUCUUCGCCCCAGGUGCAACAAAUUAGCUGUGUCUCUACAAGUACGCUGCCUUCUUCUCUGCCUCUACAUGAACCUCCUAAAUAUCAAAUUGAUCUCAAGCCUGCCACUGCCUCAACCUCGCCUCUGAAUCUCCCAGUUGCAGCUGUAUCCCCAGUAAUGCCCAGGGGUAUGGCUUUAGGUGUUCUCACUAAGUCCACUGUUCUAUCACAGACGCAUUCCGUUGGUAUCAUUGCAACUCCGUCACAAUUGACCAUGCCUUCUAUGACUAGUACAACUAGGUUGCUUCCUGUUCAAACCACAACUUUUGCUAUGCCAUCAUUUUCAAAAUUGUUGUCUCUACCAGCCAGCAUCACGUCAUCGACCUUUCAACCUCCAACAUCUUUUCCAUUUACGAGUAAAGGUGUAUUUGGUACAGCUUCUACCACCAAAGCAUUCACCAACUCCCCGUUUCUAUUUCAACUUCCUGCUGUUAGCACUACUACUGCUACCACUACCGCUAGUGAUAUACACGUAGGCAUGAUGGUAAAUACACCUGCUCGUGUACCAAUAAGCUCUGGUACUGGAACUCCUCAGUUAACAAGCUUACUGCUUGACAACAAUAAAACUACUACUGCUACCGCUACCGCUAGUGGUAUACAUGUAGGCCUGACGGGAAAUGCACCUGCUCCUGUACCAAUAAGCUCUGGUACUGGGACUCUUCAGUUAACAAGCGUACUGCUUGACAACAAUAAAACGACCAAAACUGGCAUAGAAGUCCCUGAUUCCUCAAACAAGGAUGUCAGUAAAGCCUUUCCUGCUGAUAAGGAACCCGUCGUUGACAUUGAUUCAUCUAAGAACAUUGUAGAAAUUGACAAGACACAGCAUACAUUGGGGGAUGGCGCUAAUCAACAGGGUUUGACUACAUCUGAGGCCCACCCAGAUGAUCUUAAUGUGAUUGAAAAAUGUUCCACCGAGUCAGUACGCCUCUCCCCUAAAAUUAGUGGUGGUGUGAAAACUCCUACCCAAUCAGAAGCCAUUUCUGUAUCAACUGCACCCAUUUCAACCCAGCAAGCAACUAUUGAAGUUGCUGUUACUGCCACUCAGCCAUCUAUCUCGAGCAAUAACACUCUUGCGACUGCUGCACUCUCAUCGAGUAAUUCAAUAAACGCUACCGAAAAUACUUUGAAGAAAGAGCAACAGGAUAUUACAGUCAGUGGUGCCAUAAGCAGCGGAGUGAAUGGAAGUUCUGCGGAUAGUGAAGGCAGUAAUGAAGAAGAUGAUGAUGCGAUGAUGGGUGACGACAUGGAACCAAUUGAUGAUUCGACAGGACAAAAUACCCCAUCGCUCUCCUCUGCCACUCCUUUAGGGGGACUGUCUCUAGGACUGGGAAGACCCCAGCCUACAAAUGUGACUGCAAACCCAUUCGGCACGCCUAACUCUUCUAUCAUUACUUCUCCUCCCACCCAGCCAGGGUUUCUGAGAUCAUCAGCGCUUGGUCAGGGCUUUCAAACCUCCCAACGCACAUCUGCCCCAAUGUUCAGUGACAGUAACCUUGUUUCAGGCUCAGCCACAGGAAUGUUUGGACAAAAAGCUUUGUUUGGUUCACCCCCAUCUCUUAAUGCAUCAACGUUUGUCUCUGUGCCAAACAAGGUAUUUGGAUCUGGGGCUGGUGCCGGUGGUGGAGCAACUGGUGUAGGGAGUACAUUCCAAGGAAACCAGUCAUCAGGAAUAGGUCUUACCUUUGGGAACCUAGCCAACACAGGAGGAGGGCUAGGAAGUGAUUCAGUAGGGUUUGGAAGUGCUGUAGGAGGUUCACUUGGAUUCAUUGAUAGUCCAGUAGGAGUAGUGUUUGGUAGCAGAGGAGGCUCUACUAGCACAGAUUUUGGUGCUCUGGCAGGAGGCUCCAUUGGCUCUGGAACGAAUGGGAAUCAAAGCAGCUUUUCUGGCUGGAGAUAGAGUUUGAGCUGGAGACUAACUGACUUUAACUAAGUUAUACUGUAUACAAUUAUGUUGUUAUAAAGAUGUACGUAACUAAUAAUAGUGUGGUUAAUAGUGCAAUAUGGGAUUAAUAAAA